GUGGUUACCAUAAUGUGGAUUUUCAACCUCCGUGCGGCCGUGAUGGCAACCUUGCUCGUCAGUUGCGCAGUUGGCAUCUUUCGGAUUUAUAGUGUCAGAAUCAAUCAUUGGUCCUCCAUCUUCUUUGGCUAUGCAACUUUUUUCAUUUUCUUCUGCUUCUGGCAGAGAAUCCGCUCGCUUUUCUGCACAAGGAGAAUUGUCUUCCUGGACAAGCUGUGCAUUGCGCAGCAUGACGAGGAGCUGAAGCAGCGUGGCAUUGGG